GAGAGAGAGAGAGAGAGAGAGAGAGAGAGAGCAACAGAGAGAGCGAGAGAGUAAGAGAGAGACAGAGAGGGAGAGAGAGCAAGAGAGAGAGAGCAGGAGAGAGUGAGAGAGAGAAAGAGAGAGAGAGCCAGCGAGCCAGUGAGUGUGAGCAUUAGCGAGACACGAGAGAAAGAGAAAGAGGGAAGCGCUGUUCGUCUGUUUUGCUUGAGGCGAGAGCAGACACAGGUUUGCUAAUCCACGGCCAUCUGGGUCACUCGGAUAAAGGAACACUUUCCAAAAAAACCCCCCAAAAAACACAGGGCCCUUUUCCACGUGCUGCUCUGUUUUCGGGGGACUUCUCGUUUUUUUUUUUCUUUUUGCCCGUUUCCAUCUGCGCCCUCAUCCUUUCUCCCGCUGUCCCUGUUCCCCCUCUUCCCGGUCUGGCUACAGACGGAGCAGGGCACGGAUCGUCAUCCACGGCUCCAUCAAACGGUUGCGAGGUGCUGAUGCUGUGUUUCUGAAGAAGCAGAACGGCCCCCGGUUGAUGCAGUGAAGAGCUCCUUGAGGAAAAUCGCGAGCAAGGUUUGCCGGCCAUGGGGAACCUCAUUAAGGUCCUUGGCAAGGAUUUAGAGAACUGUCCACAUUUUUUCCUGGACUUUGAAAGGGACUCAUGGGAAAUCUCCUGAAAGUGCUGUCUUGCGCCGAACUUGAGCAUGGCCAAAUAGUUUUCCUUGACUUUGAACAUGCCCAGCCCACAGAGGCCGAGACGGCUGUAUGGAACCAGGUUAGUGCCGUGCUAGAAGAGGCUCAUGGGAUACUGGCGGAGCUGCAGUCUUACAAUGGGGCAGGGCAGGAGAUAAGAGAGGCUAUUCAGAACCCAAGUGACCUCCAGUUGCAGGAGAAGGCUUGGAAUGCAGUCUGCCCCCUGGUGGCCAAACUGAAGCGCUUCUACGAGUUCUCUCUCAGGCUGGAGAACGCACUGCGCAGCCUGUUGGAGGCGCUAACGAGCCCUCCCUACGCUCCCAUGCAGCACCUGGAGCGGGAGCAGGCUCUGGCCAAGCAGUUCGCCGAGAUCCUGCACUUCACUCUCAGCUUCGACGAGCUCAAGAUGACAAAUCCAGCUAUUCAGAAUGACUUCAGUUAUUACAGGAGGACUAUCAGCAGGAACCGACUAAACAACCAGCAGCUGGAUGCUGAGAACGAGGUGAACAAUGAAAUGGCCAAUCGAAUGUCACUAUUCUAUGCGGAGGCUACGCCCAUGCUGAAGACCCUCAGCAACGCCACCACUAAGUUUGUGUCAGAGAACAAGACCCUGCCGAUUGAGGAUACGACAGACUGCUUGAGCACCAUGGCGUGUGUAUGCCGAGUCAUGCUGGAGACCCCCGAGUACAGGUGCCGCUUCACCAACACGGACACCAUGCUGUUCUGCAUGCGGGUGAUGGUGGGUGUCAUCAUCCUCUAUGACCACGUCCACCCCGUGGGCGCCUUCGCCAAGACCUCCAAGAUCGACAUGAAAGGCUGCAUCAAGGUUUUGAAAGAACAGCCUUCAAACAGUGUGGAGGGACUACUGAAUGCACUGAGGUCAGUACUGCAGAGGGAUACUAAUGCAUGUACUCUGGCCAGUACUGUAGGGGGGACUACUGAAUGCACUGAGGUAUACGACACGGCAUCUAAAUGAUGACAGCACCUCCAAACAAAUCAGAGCCAUGCUGCAAUGAGAGAGGGAGGAGGGGAGAGAGGAGAGGGAGCAGGAUGGAUGGAGAGGGGAGAAAGAGAGAGAGAGAGAAAAGGCAAAGAAGGUACAAACAGGGGUGGCUGACAGUCUUGGGCGACCCAACCUCAGAAACCCGUUUGUUUACAAGAGUGAAAUGCAAAACAAUUUCAAUGUCAAUAACCUGAAAAGGGGGAAAAGAAAAAAAUAUAUAUUGUCAAUCACUCAUCUUCAUGUCUCUCAUUUUGUAAAAAAGGAGAAAAUAUAGAGAUAUAUAUUAAAGUAAAAAAAAAGUUAAAACAGAAUUACACACAAAGUAGAAGAUGAACAUAGACAGGAGACAGGAGAGUACAUGGGGAAUCUAUAUUAAAAUUCUACGGUUAAGAAAAAGAAAAAAGGUCCAUAUUCCAAUGUAAGUCUGAAGAGUAUUUUUGCACUCACAAAGAAAACAAUGCCAUCACUAUGGUUUUACUGUAAAGAAAAAAGCUAGAAAUUAAGUGUACAGUUAGACUCUAUGUACCUGCAUUUUGAUUAAUUUGAUUUGACACCAUGGCCUCAUUUUACCCAUAGUCAUCUCUAGCUAGCCCAUGACAAGGCCUCUUGCAAUAUGGGUAAUGUAGUUCUUUUUAUAAAUGGCACAAAUGAUAAAUUCCCUCAAUGCUACUUCUUCUUCAGUUCAGUUACAAUGAUAUUGAUUGGGCAGUUAUACAUAUCAUGUCAUAUAGUAUAAAGAAAUUGAAUAGGCUUGUUAUAAAACUAUAAAAAACAUUUUCAGGAUAUUUAAAUCACCAAAUGCAAAUUACAGAGAGUUAUACAUAUACUGUAUAUACUCGAAAAGCACAGUAUGAACACAAGAAGCUAUUUUGUACGAUGUUUGAAUAAAAUGGGGUGCUUUUUAAAAACACACAGGUACACAAUAGUAUACUAGAGUAAUCCUUUCACUAGGUAUUUUUAUGGCCUUCAACAAAAACCUACAAUAACACCACACAGAUUGAGAUUGGAAACACACUGUAGAUAAUUUGAACAUUAAAUAACACCUUGCACCUUAAUUAACUUCUCCGAAUUAGUCUUCACUUUGAAUGGUGCUAUAGCAUUUGAUGUAAAAUGGCCUGAAUCUGCUCCAGUCAUUUCAGUGUUUUAGUCCUGAACUAACUAGUCUCCAGAGUAACGGGUUAAACCAGGAUCCAUCAUCAAUUCUAUAGUACAGUCAACAUUUACUCGCUAUAGAAAUAUUGCCAUAAUGCUCCUUUGCUUUUAACUACAGUAACUGACUGUUUCUAAACUGUGACCUACACAUCAAGGGGUUAGUGUGUUCCAAUAUGAGAAGAUCAGUUCCCCUUAAGUAUGCAGGCCCCAACAGUUCUCUAUCAAAUAAAUCUCAAAAGCCGUGCCAUGAGUUGGCCCGAGCAUAGCCAUUAAAAAACACAAGUUAAAUUGUUUUCUGGACUGUUUUUAGUCUGGGGGGAAUAUUUUAUUUUCUUCCAAGAGAACAUGAACUGUCAUCUCUGCUACGAAAAUAUAUUUAAAAGGUAACAAGGAAGACAAAGACUAGCUUAGCCGCUGCCCUAACGCAAAACGGGUGUCGAGGUCCACGACCCCAUGACCCCGACUCCCGACCAAUGAGAACAAAGCGAGCUGCGGGCGAAGUCGCGAGAGAAACGGUGUAAAUAAGGGCGCGAGUCUCUAAAAAAAAAACCCCAAGCUACUCCACCAGGCAUCAAAGUAAGCUGGGUUUGGUUGGCUAUGAAAAUAAUGUGCUUAUGAUCAACUAGAAAAUCCUUCUUUUAGUAUGAGGCAAUUAAAAAAUAAGUAAUUUAAGUGGGGGAUUAAAAAAAAAAAAUCUAAGGAGAUAAACGCAGUGCUGUACCGUGGAUGUCCAUAGCCCUUAGAAAGUCAAACUUAAUUUGAUCUUAUAAUAUAUUUUCUAUACAGGUAUAUGUGUACAUGCAUAUACUGUAUAAAUAUAUAGAUGGCAUGUUGUAAAAGUUCUGACGAGACGUGUAAAUACAGUGUUUUUAAUUCAUUUUUAUUGUUCAGUGAAUCUGGAUUGGGUAUGUGUUGUCUAUCUAACCCAUGCUCUUGGCUUGGACCUUUGGACUUGCCGUAGUCAUAGGUUUCAGAUUUAUUACUUCAUAUUGAUGAAAGAAACUGAGAAGGGUGUCCAUUUGCUUGUUAUUUUGUACAUUUUGUGCAACAAUAAACUUGUCAUUUAUUACAUUCA